GUUAUAUAUUUAAUCAUUAUUCCUAAAAUUGCUAUGAUGAUAUUUGCGAGAUCAUUUUAGGUAAGCAUCCAGACUACUCAAUCUUCCUUAAUUAAUUAUAUUACAAAAAAAAAUAAAAAAUAAAAAAUGAAUUUAUCACAAAACCAAAAAGUGAAAUGAAACACAAAAUUCUCCACAUCCAAGCUUUUAUAUAUACUAUAGACAUGUAUUAUCUCACACAUUUCAAACUUUUACUAUGAGUCACAAGACCGAAUAAGAAGUCUUUUAGGUACAUAUGUAUUAGGUAGCACAUUCCAAAUUUUUACUAUGCGUUACAAAAUUGAAUUUCUACAACUCUUAAUUAAGUCCUGUAGAGUGGUUUUAGUAAGCGUUUUAGAUAUAUAUAUAUAUAUAUAUAUAUAUAUAUCAUGUCACACACAUCUUGCAGUUGUUCAUAGGCUUUAUGAGAUUGGAGUUCUUGAUUUUACCUACUAGUGGAAGUUCAUUUACCAAUCUUGUAUACCCAAGAAACAUCGUUCAUCCAAUACUUUAAUUCAAGCCGUUGUCCAAACUAUAUAAAACACAUCCAAAAGAUUUAUAAACUUCAUUUCCUUUUUGUUCUUGACGUGGAUGAACAAAAAACAUACUUACAUUCUCCUUUGAGUUCAAACCACUGUCCAAAUACAUAAAACAUACUCGCACUCUAUUUUCUCCCAAAAUCUUAAAAAAGAAAAUGCAAAGUAUUCACUAUCGCUGCCCGGUGGAAGUGUAUGUUGAAGGAUGGUGCAACAGCAGUUGGGCGCAAGGAAGGAUUCAAUCGUGAAGGAGCAAUUUCAAUUUGAUCUUUUAGGGUUUUUUUUUUCUUUCUAAAGGACAAUAAGGAACAAAGUAUUGGUGAUAGAGUAAGAUGGUGAGGAUGAUUGUGGCUUGGUAAGAGGUUAGAGGAAGAGGGAAAGAAGAAUUAAUUACAAACCUGAGGUCCCAAGUUUGAGUUGUAGUUGCUGUUGGCCGUCGUAGGGUGUUGAGUCAUGAGGGAGAACCUCAAGUCGUGCGGGAGAUAAAUGAAGAGAAAAAUGGAACAUUAGGGGUUUUUUUAUGUGGGGGUAAUUUUGACAUUGCAACUCAUUUUUAUUACGAUUUUUUUAAGGAAAAAAAUUAACUUUAUGAAGGUAAAUUUAAUAAAUAAUAUAAUAUUCCAGUAAAAAAAAAGGAAAACGGAAAAGUUGGGUAAAUGAAAGCAAAACAAAAACAGGGUUUUGUCUCUGAACAGCGGAUGACGCGGCCAUGGAAGUUAGUUAUAGACAGUUUUAGUUUUAGCAAAAAUAACCUGUCCCAAUUCAGCCAAAUUUGGAAAAUGCCCAAAAAAAGAAACAGCGUGGGGAAAUUUUGAUUGAUAAAGGGGUUGGGGUUGUAGGAUUUUUGGGCACUGCAUUGGGGUUGAGGAAUUUCUUCUUCUUUUAUACUGGUCAAAGGGGAGCGGGAGGGCUCUCUUUCUGAAUUUUGCCGGUGACCCAACUGGUUUCUCUCGCGCUCCCAUUCUCCUGUUUGUCUCCCUGAAUGCCUUAACCAGUGUUCAGGAUCAUUCUGGUGACUUAAUUGCAAAGGGGCGUGGGAUUAAUAGGUUGUGAUGGAUUCCAGAAAAAUGGGUGGAAGUCGGCAUGCGUUUGUUGUAAAUCAUGCAUGAAGUACAAAGCUGCAUCUGAUAUUUUACAACUUAAUCUGACCUUAAUGGGAAAGGCAGAUCCUUAGGGAAAACCGCGAAAUUUUUUUCUUUCAUUGGCAUACAAUUGUCAUUCAGCUGUAUGAAAUUGUACACGAUGGCCGUUGUAGUUGAUCAGCGUCGUGAAUUUAAGGCAUUUUGCCGGUCUCAGAGAUGUAGACUUCAAUCUUAUACUCAUCUUGACCUCAGCAAUUGCGAAAUUGAUCAAAAUAAUUUCGUCAAUUCCUUGAGAGAAGCAUUUGAAGUUGCUUGUAUACAUCGAAGCUUUUCAACACCCUGCCUAUCUUUGGUAGAAGAAGUUGACUACAAGCCAAGAAUUAAAAUCAUGGUUGGCCAAGGUACAAGGCUACAUGGUGUCAUUGAAGAGGCUGUAAAUGCUUUGGCAUCCGGUGUUGAUCCAGUACCGGUGUCAAGUGGUUUAGGUGGUGCGUAUAUCUUGCGUAAUGAGAGUGGAGUAAACAUUGCUGUGGUAAAGCCUAUUGAUGAAGAGCCAUUUGCCUGUAAUAAUCCAAAAGGAUUUGUUGGUAGGCUGAUGGGUCAACCUGGUCUGAAACGCUCAGUUCGGAUCGGUGAAACAGGUGUCCGUGAAUUGGCAGCUUAUUUGCUUGACUAUGGUGGCUUUGUCGGUGUUCCUCCAACAGCUUUGGUAGAAAUCUCUAAUGUAGGAUUCCAUGUUAAUAAUUCAUACGGGAUUCCAGCUGCACCACGCAAGAUUGCUUCACUCCAGAGUUACGUAGAUCAUGAUUGUGACGCUGGAGAGCUUGGUCCCUCUAGUUUCUCUGUUGCUGCAGUUCAUCGCAUAGGGAUUUUUGAUAUAAGGCUCUUAAAUAUUGAUAGGCAUGCAGGCAAUUUACUUGUGAAGAAGAAACAAAGGCAUGAAAAUUGUGAUGUUUGGGGGGUCGAGCUUGUGCCAAUUGAUCAUGGACUUUGCCUUCCUGAGUGGCUUGAUGAUCCGUAUUUCGAAUGGCUUCACUGGCCUCAAGCCUCGAUUCCUUUCUCUGAGACUGAGCUUGAGUACAUUGCCAAUCUUGAUCCUUUCAAAGAUGCAGAACUCUUAAGAUCUGAGCUUCCUGCUAUAAGGGAGGCCUCCAUUAGAAUCCUCAUUCUGUGCACCAUUUUUCUGAAAAAGGCUGCAGCUAGUGGGCUUUGUCUUGCUGAUAUUGGCGAAAUGAUGACCCGGGAAUUUGGCAGUGGAGAAGAAAACUUAAGUGCAUUAGAGAACCUUUGUGCUCGAGCUAUGGCCAUUGUACCAAUUAUCAUUUCAGGCGAGCAUGACAGUGAACAAGAAAACAGUGACCUAGAAAUGUUUAAAUUUGAAAGUGAAAGCAAAUAUGAUGGUCUUAACAAAGAGGUUUCUGACCCUCAACUCCGAGAAACUUCUGAAAUCCUCAAGCCUCCAAAAGCUCCUAAGCUCCAAUGUCUUGAUUAUCUAACUGAAUCAAAGACUACACCAUUAACCAAUAUUGAAACCGAUGAAAACAUACACAAGGAUGACAUCGAUUGUAACUACAUUGUUUCAAAAAGUAGUAACCACAGUAGCUUGAUCAAGAGCAAGAGUUUUUCGGUGCAAAAUCUUCAGAUCGAGAGCGGGGCAAUCAUGUUUGGAGAAAUGAGUAGGGACGAGUGGGAGCUGUUCUUGGAUAGUUUUGAGAAGAUUUUACCCGAAGUACUCAACAAGACGAGGUGCGUGGGCUCAAAGCUUCAGAGGAUGGGAACUUCUUGCAAAUUCUGAUUUGUUUUCUCUGGAGUGGAUUGAAUUCGUAGCGAAACAAGAUGGAAGUGAAAUGCAGUUUGCUCAUCUUUGUAACUAGAGAAGGAACUGUACAUUAUAUUAUUAUGGUAAAAGGAGACCUUUUCAUAGAAUAGAUGGAUGAUGAUGAUGAUGCUGAUGGUGGUGGUGGUGGUGAUGGAUGAUAACGAUGAUAGGGUCAGAAAAGGAAAAGUGAGUGGUGAGUUAGGCAGCCAUCCUUUCCUUUGUGUAACUUUUUUUUAUAAAUUUUCCUCAUGUUUUCUUUUGCUUGUAAACACAAAUCAAAUGCCUGGCCUGCAUUGAAAAUCUUUUUGUUGCAGGUCAUGAUGUGUUCUUUAGAAAAUAUUCUUCAGCUCUUUCCCUCUUUUGUAAUCCCAUAUUUCAUUUACUUAUAUAUACAUAUGUAUAUGUAUGUGUACAUUUUGUAUUCAGCACUCAAAACAUUUUGUUCAUCUUCUUUUUCUUCAA